AAAAAAAGAAAAGAAGAAGAAGGAAAAAAAGAAAGAAAAGUAGAAAAAGGAAGAACUAAAGGUUAUGUUCUUUCUUAGAGAGGGAACGAAGAAGGCGCGUAUGGUUAAAAACAGUUCGGACGAAACAAAAGGCGGAGCAUAGAGAGAAACGUCUGAGCAUCGCUCGUAUUAUGUUUUACGUUGGAACGGGUUUUAAAUAAAAGAGUAAUGUGUUUGUCCGUUUUGCCUCCUCCAGUACGAUAGAAAAUACACACGUCUGAUACGUGCGUUUGUAUACGCAUAGUUUAUUGAGGGUGAGUAGGUAGGUGGGUACGUGGUUAGGUAUGUCCCCCUUACACCCCUAGCCAGAUACUCUUAACAUCUUGGUGGAACAGCAUGUUCGGCCAAUCAGAUAGGUGCGCGGGCGUGGCCGUGCCUAAGCGCGGCUUUGCGUUUGGCCGAAGCCCCGGGGUGGAACACUGUGGCACAGUGUUUUAUUUCGCGCAACUGUGGAGGGGCUGUUAGUUUCUGCCCUAUCCCUCCCCAAUAAAUUCCUUCUCGCUUUCCAUUCUCAUUCCUUCUUUCUUCUUUUGUCACGUUAUCUCACUCUGACAUGUUCCACUUCGCGCAGUAUCGGUCUCUUUCGUGCACAUUCGUUUCUUUUCGGUAUCAGUGUUCCCUCUCGGUAUCCCACUCCCCGUUCACUUUUCCACCUUCUUCCACAUUUUUCCUCCACACUUUCAGUUUCUAUCUCUAUCUAUCUUUCCCUCUUUCUCUCGUUCUCUUCUUUUCUAUGCCCUCGCUUCCUGGUCUCCUUGCGACAUUCUGAACCCCCCCUUGAUUUCUAUCUUCCCCUCCUCCGCGCCUAUGUGCCCCCACCUCCUUAUUCGUCCGCCUUCGGCUCCCUCUUUACUGCCGACACCACUAUCGUCGUCGCUUCUCUGUCUCUCCACGCUACCUGAAUCGACUCUCCCGGGAUGCUGCAAUUGUUGACAAUGCCGGAGAGUGAGAGAGAGUGCUGUGAGAGGAGUCGGGGCGAUUCCGCAUUUCGUACCCCGACACCCGUACGAGCGGUGGUGCCGCCGCUCUUCUCUGCCGGUGAACUUUUCGGAAGUGUGGGCGCGUGCGCAUGUCUACCAGUCGAGCUUUCUCUCUUCACCGUACUCGUCAUCACUUCUCUCCGUCUUUCUUCUUUCUUUUCCUCAUAUCUAUCUCUCUCUAUCGUUCUCUCGUUCGUUCACUGUACGGUGCCGGUUUGAAGGUUUCUACCGAACAGCGUUAAAUGUGAUUUCUUCGGUUGAAGUAAGAAGAGCCUGUGUGACUACAUUCUAUCGUUAAACUCUGUAGCUUUCCUUUAUCAAUUAAUAAUUCAAUGUGAUGCAGUUAGAAAUUUGAGAUAUUUAUAUGACAGUGUAACUUGGAAACAUCAGAACUUAUUGAUAUAAACAUUAUAACGUAAUUGUGAAUUAAAUAUUACGGUUAUGAAAAGUACUCGGUAGUGAAUAAUUUUAUCGCAACGGUGUUAAAAUGAGAUCGAUACGUGUUAGUGUAUAUUGGGCUUUGUGCUCAGCUAAAAAUGACUAUUUUCUGUGAUCGAGUAUUUUUACUGUGAGUUUGAUAACAAUGCCCACAGAUCCGUGACAUUGUUGAUUUUAUCAAUCAUUCAUAAAGUGAUCGGUUCUUUUUUUAUAUCUUUUAUAUUUUUUAUUCAAGACGUUGAUUCAAUUAUUAUUACUUAUCUAUCGAAACAAUGUCGUUGCCGCGGGGUGUCGGUCUUGGUGUCGACGUAGGUCAAUUAAUGCAACAUCAGCAACAACAGCAGCAACAUCACGUGUUACCAGCCGCGUUUUUUCUUCGUGCUAGUGCUGAGAGAUAUCAAAGGACACCGAAGUGUGCAAGAUGCCGUAAUCACGGUGUUGUUUCCGCGUUAAAGGGUCACAAACGAUACUGUCGUUGGCGGGAUUGCGUAUGUGCGAAAUGUACAUUAAUUGCGGAGAGACAACGAGUCAUGGCUGCUCAGGUCGCGUUAAGAAGGCAACAAGCCCAGGAGGAAAGCGAAGCUCGCGAAUUGGGCCUGCAACUGCAGUAUAAUGCUGGCAGCUGCACUACUGCUCCCGUGUUGCCUGGCGCGGCUGCCGCCGCGCACAUUCAAACGCAACUUCAGCAUCAGCAACCUGAUUGCAGUCUUUUGCAGCGGAAGAGACUUCCUCAGGAUGAAUAUCGGCAGCCAAAGAUCGAGAAACAAGAAUCAAUCGUCGGCGGAAUUGCCGGCACAAAGAGGUCGAGAAUCUCUGAGAGCACUACGGGAACAAUGCUUUCCACGAGCGACACCGGUAACGAAGACGACCGUGACUCCGACUCUGGUGGAGAACUUCUUACUGACCGUUCAUUGGCAAUUCCAACGUCAAUUGGAAUAACGGAGAACGAUACAACGCGGAAACGAUCAAACAGCCUGAACGAUUCUGAGGAUGGAAGUCCGGAACCAGGCUCCCAGAGCCCGACGCAUACACCUCCAUUAACGCCAGCAUUGACACCGCAAAGAGAGGAUACGCCAGCGCCAGAAAAUCUCAGCCUUCGCAAAAGCGGAAGUCCUCAGCAAACGCAACAGACGCUUCAACCGGUGGACUUGGUACAGCCUAGACCUAGCCCUCCACUACCUUCGUUGGCGGCCGCAGCGACCGCGGUACAUUUUCCACCUUAUGCUCCCCUAUAUGGUCCAGCAGCGAGUUCGCUUUAUUGUUCUCCAGCAUUAUACCAGCAUCAACAUCAUCAUCACAUGCCAGAGCCCCGUGAGAUUCAAAUGCAGAUGCAGAUGCAAAAUAUUCAGCAGACUUGCGGCCUUCAAUUGCAGCAGCAACAACAGCAANNNNAGCAGCAACAACAACAGCAACAACAACGAUCGCCUGUCGACGUUUUGUUGCGAGUGUUCCCGGGAAGACGUCGCGCGGACGUCGAGGCUCUGUUGCACCGGUGCAAAGGCGACGUGGUGUCCGCUAUGGAGGUGUUGGUCUGCGAGGAUAGUCUCCAGCCGAAAUCAGCUUUCUCGCCUUUGGCAGGCGCAUUGGCGUCGGCUGCGGCCGCGUCCGCCUCGGUCUCGGCCGCGUACGCGAGCAGAGCCGCGUACUGCACCACUCCCAUCCCUUCGACCAGGCACAGGCUCCUGGCCGCUCCUUACGCAGGAACCGGCUACCUGCCCACAGUGAUCAAGCCGCCCAAUCAGAGUCUUCACGCGAACGGUACGAGUGACGCCUAUCAGGAGACCAGUCCCGACGACGCCAGCGACAAGACGAGCUACUCCGAGUGACCGGACGACGCGCAGGCCGCCACCUGGUCUUACCUGCAAUAGCCUAGGGACGACGGGGGGAGGGACUUCGGCCGUGGAAAUGGCUGCCUGAAUCACGGGGAGGACGGAAGCUGAAAAUCAUAACAACAUGCGAGUCGUGAGGAUUUUCACGAAUUUCUUUCUGAUUGGGUGAAAAUCAUUGAGAUGGGAACAAUUUAGAAAUUUUGUAGAGGAUUGAUAGAGCGAGAGAUUAGGAAUGAAUAAUUUUGAAAAGGGAGAUACUGAAAUAAAUAGAUAUGGAGCAAAUUUUUGAAAAAUUUCUAAAAUUUCUAAAGAUCGUAAAACUUUUCAGUACGUGGGGAAAGAAAGAUGAAAAAUUGUUUGAUUUAAAUAAAUGAUCAAUUUGUGAAAAAUUGGAAAGCGUUUACAUAUAUAUUUGUUAAAGAUUCGAUAUCAUUUUGUGAAGUUAAGGAGUUUAAGAAGCAAAAAAUUAUGGCACGAUAGAUAUCUGGUAAAGAAGGAAUUGAUAAUGUGAAAAGAAUUGAAGAAUUACUAUAGAAAUAAUAGAAGAACUAUUAAGUGAUAUUAAAACAGAAAAGAAACCGAUCCUUAAUAGAGAAUUGAUGAUUUUUAUCCAGAAGAACUGUUUUAUUUACUUACAAAUGUAUCCAAGCCGAACGAAGGUCCAAAGAAGAAACCAGUCAUUAGCAGCUUUCAAAUACGUAUCUGAGAAAGCAUUCUACAUUUUCUAAAAAUAUUAUAGACGCACCGUAUAGUGCAUUAUUCAAGAAGAGAUAAAAAGAAGUCGAAAGUUAAAGAAAAAGACGAAAUCAAAUAUGUAUAUGAUAUAAAAGAAGAAGACGAUUUCUAUGAAAGAAUUCCCUUAGAUUCUUUCUGCCACUAUAAACGUUGUUAGAGGAUUUCCAAUCCGUGAAUGGAAAUAAAAUUAUCAAACGUCUCCUUCGAAGAAUUUACAAAACAGUGUGGCCAGUAAUCCACCUAAUAUACAUACGUACAAUUCGUACUGAUCCAUUUUCUUUGACAUGUAACGUUCUGUGAACGUACAAAGAAAAAUAUAUAGAUAGGUAACGACGAAGAAAUAAAAAGCGAGCCGCACGUUGGCCUCAUUGUAAUAAUAUAUCUUUAUACAUACAUGUGUAGAUAAAGCGACUAAAUGAAGUAUGCGUGUAGUUAAUAUUCAUGAGAGAAGAAUGAGUGAGAGACAGAGAGAAUGAGAAAAGAAGAAAAUUGUAUCGUCGCGAUAAAAAUAAAAAAUAAAAAUAAAAAAGGGAAAAAAAAGGAUAAGUCACGAAACAAAUUUGUAAAUACGCGUGAAUUGCUUUAGCCUGAUCAUCCAUUGCAGUUAAUCUGAGAUAUUGUCACGGAGUAUGUUUAGCAAAGUUACAUGAUAUAAAAAUAAUGGAAAAGAAUAAACAGAAAAAUAAAAAAAAAGUAAAAAAAAAAAUGUCGAGGAAAAAAAUAAAACGGAAAAUAAAUUAUGUGUUUCUGAUGAUCGAUGCAGAAACAUGUAAGUAUAUAUAACAAUGAUCGAUUAUACAUAAGUGUUUGCCUGUAAGUAUCACGGCUCUAAGAUGUUAGAUUUGCCGGCGACCGGAAACGUCGUUCUUUGUAGUUACCAUAUGUUAUUCGAACAAAUGUAUAGACGGUUUAUGAGAAUAAUAAAUAAGAUAUUGAUACUCCA